AAACAGAAAAUACAUAAUUGAUUGCUGUCAGCUCGUAGCUUGAUAGCUUUCAUUUUGUUGUAAUUUCAUAUAUUGACAAUUAUAAAAGAAGUGUAAUUAUUUAGUAUAAUUUGUUUAAUUUUUUUUUAAUCUAUUAGUUAUAAAUAAAUUGCCAAUAGUACAUUUAAUGUAAUAGAACGAUUUAUUUUAAAUCAACAGGAAAAAUAUGCUUUCAUUGGAACGAAUUCCAGAUCAAAUUGGACAUUUGAUUUUGACAGAGGAUGGUGCAGUGUUAACGUCUGGAGGUGAACUGGAAAAUGAUGAAAAAUUUGCAAAUAUUAUUGUAGGUUUAGUUACAUUAACCAAUAAAAUUGAUCCAAAAGCAUUUCCUAACAAUGAAGUUUUUGAUAAAAUAUCAAUAACAUAUCCAGAUCAUUGUUAUAUUAUCUGUCUUUCAAAUAAAAAGAUUCAUGUAGUGAAAAAAAGAUUGGUGUCCUCAACAACUGCAAUUGUUGAGCAACCUCUUAUUGAUGUAUAAAUAUUAUUUAUUCGUACAAGAAUAAAAUUAAAAUAUUAAGCAA